AUGGAACGAAUCGAUACGCACGCCCACGUUGUGCCUGCGGUUUGGCGCAACUUUUGUUGCAAGUAUGGGUUUGAUCGGCCAGAUGGCAUGCCUGCUAUUCCCGCUUGGACACCGGAGGCGCAUCUUGACCUGAUGGACAAAUUGGGCAUCUCCAAAUCCAUCCUGAGCAUUACAUCUCCUGGGACGCAUCUGAAGCCAGACGACGACAAACUGGCCCGAACCAUUACUCAGGAGUCGAACGAUGAAAUUGCACGUAUUUGUCGAUCACACCCCGACCGGUUCGCCUUUUUCGCAUCCUUACCGCUCCCAGAUGUCACCGGCUCCGUUGCGGAAAUCGAUCGUGCUCUUGACAGCUUGGGGGCGGUGGGUUUUGCGCUUAUGACCAAUGCACACGGAUAUUAUUUGGGUGAUGCUCAUCUCGAGAAAGUCUUUGCGAAGCUGAACGAGAGGAAAGCGAUAGUAUUCAUGCACCCGACCUCAUGCCACUCGCCAAAGCUACCGGAAGCUGAGAGACCACUUUCAAAGUAUCCUGCACCAAUGCUCGAAUUCUUUUUCGACACCACACGCGCAGUUGUCAAUCUGAUUCUAUCGGGCACUGUGGCACGCUACCCGAAUAUUACAUAUCUGGUUUCACAUUGUGGUGGUGCACUGCCGCCCUUGGUUGAGAGAUUCUCAUCGUUUGCAACGAGAGUUUUGGGUAGUGAUGAGGCCGUGGAUUCAUCGCAGGUGAAAGAAUUAUUCAAAUCGAGGUUCUACUUCGACUUGGCUGGGUUUCCAUUUCCAGACCAGAUUCACGGGCUCCUGCGCAUGGCAGAUUCUUCCAGGUUGCUGUAUGGCAGUGACUUUCCCUACACUCCAGCUUCAGCGCUGACUGGAAUGUCUACACGAAUGGACGAGGAAUUGAACAGCUUGUUCGAUGAGGAAGUAGUUCGGGAGAUCUACUCGGGCAACGCAAAGAGACUUCUGAAGAUCUGA